AAACCUUCUGUUGAAAGAAGCCUGAAAUAUCCAAGUGCUACAAAAUGAUGAAGGCCGUGCUCGCUCUUGUCUUGGCUAUGGCAGCCAUUGCUUUUGCCUCGACCGGCGUCGAUGUCAUUCGCCACACUCCUGGAUAUGAUGGCUUCUAUGGUCUCUACGGAUAUGCACCCUACUAUUACGGAUACGGAAACGGAUAUUUUGAAUAUGAUGGACUUGCUUUCGGACCUUACAACUACUAUGGUCUAGGAUACCGAGGAUACUUAGGAGGACUCGGUUAUUUUUAAAAACCA